AUGGAACUGCUCUGUAAGGUUGUGCUGUUUUGUGUGUCAGUAAAACUGAUAGAUUGCGUGACAGGCGAUCCAUUUCAAGUGAAUAUGGGUUAUCAGCCGAUUCAGGGGCGCACUUCAAACACUUUCCCGGUCAUGGCUCAGUUUCCGACCUACAGGAAUUUCAUACCAAAGGAGACAAAUCAACCUUUGUUACAUAUCGCAAAUGGACCCAACACAAAUUCAAACGCUAUGCCAGAGAACAGGCAAACAAGUGGCAACGAGCUGACCUUUGACGACUUUUUGGAUACAUGGGACGACCACUUUCUGGAUGAUCGUGAACAAUUUCGCGCGGCGGCUGGCCGAGACGAACAAACGUAUCCAUAUCCAAACCCACCUGCAUACGGCUAUCCGCCUGGACAUAAUUAUGGACCUUCGAAGCCGACAGCCUAUACACAUCCAGCGAAUUCAGCCACACCGAAAAUCUCUUUAUUGAAGCCAGACCUUACAGAACUAGUAAGACCUGUUACCUCAAAAGUGAUAAGCAAAGUGAACGGCUUGCUUGGUUUUAUAUUGGCAUUAUUAUCAGGAACCGUUCCACAAGGUCUCCAAUUACAAGGGAUGAAAGAUUUGCUCAUAAACGGCGUCCUACAACCCUUGUUGGCUGCGAAGAUUGGUAUAAAAUCUUUGAUUGCAAAAUUAAUAGUUCCAGUGAUAGCUUUGAUAUUGAUUAACGUGGAAGUACUCGUCACUGUUUGGUGGUUGUGGGAGGAAUGUCCACAGAGUCCACCACCCGCUCAAGAGACCCAAACUAAACCUCCUCAGUAUAACUCAUAUAGAUAG